AUGAACAAGGAGCCCGUGCUGCUGUCGACUCCAGGUCCAGGCCCGUACAUAUCUAACUUGGACGCGGCCGUGGUCUGCGCUGUGGGCGACGGCUGCAGCCAUCUCGACUGCCACUUCAAGGUCAUCGUCGUCGGAAUAUCUGGAGGGCGGGCGUUCUCCUGUUUCUACUCAUCCCAGGCUAAUAGCUGGAGUGAUCGCAUCUUUGAUUCUGGGGCAGGCUUUGUCUAUUGUAUGAUGGGGAGUGUCCUCGUUGGGAAUACCCUCUACUUCAGGAGAGGAAGCAGCCAUGUAGGAGAAAUAAUCACCAAGUACGACUUGCUGACACAUGAAAUGUGUACGAUUCGCCUACAAUCUGGACUCGAACACAGCAUGGAAGGUCUGCUAAUUGCUACAGAGGAUGGCAGGCUAGGAGUUGCCAUGACAAGAAAUUCAACACUAUGCCUGUGGCUAAGGGAGCAAGGGAGAUUGGCAGAAAGUAGAGUCAUUUAG